AUGGCUAUUGACUGUAGGAGAGACAACUCGGACACAGCACAGGACAACAGCGCACAACACAGUACAGCAGGGCACAACACAGUACAGCAGGACACAACACAGUACAGCAGGACACAACACAGUACAGCAGGGCACAACACAGCACAGCAGGUCACAACACAGUACAGCAGGACACAACACAGCAGGGCACAGCACAGCAGGACACAACACAGCAGGGCACAGGACAGCAGUACACAACACCACACAGCAGGACACAACACAGUACAGCAGGACGCAACACAGCAGGGCACAGGACAGCAGGACACGACACAGUACAGCAGGACACAGCGCAUCACAGCAGGUCACAACACAGUACAGCAAGACACAACACAGUACAGCAGGACACAACACAGCACAGCAGGACACAACACAGUACAGCAGGACAAAGCACAGCAGGGCACAGCACAGCAGGACACAACACAGCAGGGCACAGGACAGCAGUACACAACACAGCAGGACACAACACAGCAGGGCACAGCACAGCAGGACACAAACAGUACAGCAGGACACAACAUAGUACAGCAGGACGCAAAACAGCAGGGCACAGGACAGCAGGACACGACACAGUACAGCAGGACACAACACAGUACAGCAGGACACAACACAACAGAACAGGACACGACACAGACACAACAUAGUACAGCAGGACACGACACAGCACAGCAGGACAAGGACACAACACAGCUCAGCAGGACACAACACAGCACAGCAGGACACAACAUAGUACAGCAGGACACAACACAGUACAGCAGGACACAACACAGCACAUCAGGACACAACACAGCACAGCAGGACACAACACAGUACAGCAGGACACAACACAGUACAGCAGGACAUAACAGCACAGCAGGACACAAAACAGGACACAACACAGCACAGCAGGACACAACACAGCACAGCAGGACACAACAGAGCAGGACACAACACAGCACCGCAGGACACAACACAACACAGCAGGACACAACACAGCACAGCAGGACACAACACAGUUCAGCAGGACAUAACACAACAUAG